CGGUGCUUGCAGGGGCAGCUCCAAGCCCUGGCUGCUUGGGGAGGGGAAGAAGCCAAACCUUGGGCUGGAAAGCGGGGUGCCCGAGCCUGCUGGACCUCACCCCGAGCUCCAUGGUGCGCCCAGCCCUGCGCGAUGGGCACUCGGCGCGCUGGGCGAGCCCGGGGCUGGCAGCAUGACGCCGGGGCGCGCGGCUGGAGGCGGGCAGGGGCUGGAGGAGAAGCGACCCAACCACCCGAACCCCGAAAAACGCCAACAAGUAGUUUCCCUCCGGAGAAGGGCGCCUGGGCUGGACGGGUGUCUGUCUGGACCCCGCCCGGCUGCCCUGAGGACCUCGCCCAGUCGGCCGCCCAAGCAAGCAUCACUUUGCUCUGGGUCUCCUUAAGUCAUGUCUGAGCCACCGAGAUGGGCAAGCUGGAGAGCAACGAGAGGGUGAUCCUCAACGUCGGGGGGACCCGCCACGAGACCUACCGCAGCACCCUGCAGACGCUGCCCGGGACCCGCCUGGCCCUGCUGGCCUCGUCCUCGUCCUCCUGCUCCGGGGAGCCCCUGGGGCCCGCGGGCCGGCGGUCCCCCCCGUCGCCCCAGCCGCGCUCGCCUCCGCCGCCGUCCAGGGGCCCGGGGUCGAGUCCUGGCAGCCCCCGGGACCCCCUGGGCGCGGGCGGGCGCGAGUUCUUCUUCGACCGGCACCCCGGGGUGUUCGCCUCGGUGCUCAACUACUACCGCACCGGCAAGCUGCACUGUCCGGCCGACGUGUGCGGGCCCCUGUUCGAGGAGGAGCUGGCCUUCUGGGGCAUCGACGAGACGGACGUGGAGCCCUGCUGCUGGAUGACCUACCGGCAGCACCGCGACGCCGAGGAGGCGCUGGACAUCUUCGAGACCCCCGACCUCAUCGGGGGAGGCGGCGGCGGGGCUGGCGGGGGCGACCCCGGGGACGACGAGGACCCCCCGGACCCUGCGGCCAAGAGGCUGGGCAUCGACGACCCCGCGGGCUUGGGGGGCCCCGACGGCAAGGCCGGCCGCUGGAGGAGGCUGCGACCCCGCAUGUGGGCCCUCUUCGAGGACCCCUACUCGUCCAGAGCCGCCAGGUUCAUUGCUUUCGCUUCUUUAUUCUUCAUCCUGGUUUCAAUCACAACCUUUUGCCUGGAGACACACGAAGCUUUCAAUAUUGUUAAGAACAAGACAGAACCUGUUAUCAAUGGCACAAGUGUUCUGCAGUAUGAAAUUGAAACGGAUCCUGCCUUGACAUACGUAGAAGGAGUAUGCGUGGUAUGGUUUACUUUUGAAUUUUUAGUCCGUAUUGUUUUUUCCCCAAAUAAAAUUGAAUUCGUCAAAAAUCUUCUGAAUAUUAUUGACUUUGUGGCCAUCCUACCCUUCUACUUAGAGGUGGGACUUAGUGGGCUGUCGUCCAAAGCUGCCAAAGAUGUUCUUGGAUUCCUCAGGGUGGUGAGGUUUGUGAGGAUACUGAGAAUCUUCAAGCUUACCCGGCAUUUUGUAGGAUUGAGGGUCCUUGGACACACUCUUCGAGCUAGUACUAAUGAAUUUUUGUUGCUGAUCAUUUUCCUGGCUCUAGGAGUUUUGAUAUUUGCUACCAUGAUCUACUAUGCCGAGCGAGUAGGAGCUCAACCUAACGACCCUUCAGCUAGUGAACACACACAAUUUAAGAACAUUCCUAUUGGGUUUUGGUGGGCUGUGGUGACCAUGACUACCUUGGGUUAUGGGGAUAUGUACCCCCAAACUUGGUCAGGAAUGUUGGUGGGAGCCCUGUGUGCUCUGGCUGGCGUGUUGACAAUCGCCAUGCCAGUGCCUGUCAUUGUGAACAAUUUUGGAAUGUACUACUCCUUGGCAAUGGCGAAGCAGAAACUUCCAAGAAAAAGAAAGAAGCAUAUUCCUCCUGCACCUCAGGCAAGCUCACCUCCUUUUGGCAAGACAGAAUUAAAUAUGGCCUGCAAUAGCACACAGAGUGACACGUGUCUGGGUAAAGAGAAUCGACUUCUGGAACAUAGCAGAUCAGUGUUAUCAGGUGAAGACAGUACAGGAAGUGAGCCGCCAUUAUCACCCCCAGAGAGGCUCCCCAUCAGACGGUCUAGUACCAGAGACAAAAACAGAAGAGGGGAAACAUGUUUUCUACUGACGACAGGUGAUUACACGUGUGCUUCUGACGGAGGCAUCAGGAAAGUGUUAUACAGAAUUUAUCAUGGAUUUUUGACUGCUGGAAAGGGGACAGUGGAAUUUAGACAUGCCAAAGACUGUACUGGAAACAGACUUCUGCUGCUGAACGUGCCCUUCUGUGACCAGGUUGCACUUGGAAGAGGCUCUCUCUCAACUUCAUGAGUUAUUUCAAGUUUAUAGAGGAACUGGGACUGAAACGCACUUGGGGCUUGAGCCAUCUGCCUGUGUAAUGUCCACGAAACAAUGUACAUACCAACAUGAAUAUGCAUGGGUCAACAGCUUUGACUGUUUCACAUCAGAGGAAGCCAGAUUCAUGAUCCACAUCUCUGAAGCUUCAAAUAAAGGCCCGUCCUUCUGCGAAUUACUCCUUUUCGGGCCUGCAGUAGAUUGUGCUGUGUAUCUUACAAGGCAGUAAUAUUGAUGUAGUUUAGGUCUGUCUUAAUUUCUCUAUUCCGCUGUUGGUUAAAUUCAUGAGCAUUGAUUGUAUAAUUUCCUUAUCAACUCACUUAAAUAAUCAGCUUGUCAUCUUAUGCUGUGAAUUUUUCAGUGCCUAUUUGUCAGAAUUACGUGUUUUUAGAUUCAUAUUUGUUUAAUUCUGGAAGUCUUUAUGGCAAAAUAUAACCAUCUCCUCAUUAUUCAUAGUUUAAAUCUUUUGUCAUUGUUACCUCAACUAUAAAUAUUACAAAAAUUCUGGCAAUGAGAGUAUUUUUUUAUUAAAUGAUUAAGGAGAAAUGUCCGUAUAUAGUAGAGUAAUAAAAUUAUAUCUUAAAAAUGUAUAUUUUGCAUAAAAAUAUAUUCUUUAACAACAUUUUGUGAGUUUUGUGGCAAAUGAAACAUGUACUUGUCUACUGUUGUAGUUGAAAUUGUAUAGGAAAUCGUCAUUUUUGCUUAGCCAAUAUUUCUAGAAUCUAUUAGUUCCCCUGGAAUUCUGAAUAUAAUAUAUAAUCUAACAUGAACUCCUGUAUUGUGGACCUUUUGUGAGCAUUUCAAGUUGCAUGCACCACCUUCAGAUUAAUGAUGAAAAUGUAACAACUGAAUUAAAGAAUAAAAGGCAAAUGAUCUGGGGAUAAA